CAUGCACGCCAGCGACGGCGAUCCCGACGGCGAGCUCGACGCUGCGUCGCUCGUCUCGGGCCUGAGCUCGCUGGAGAACGACGCCGAGGACGAGUUUGAUAAGCUCAUGAUACGCAACGAGCGCGACCAGCGACGGCUGAGCCACGCCACCCAGGCCCGCCCCCAGCCCUUUGCCAAAGCCCGCGCCCGCCCGCGCGUGGGCCUGACGCUGGAGAACCUCGAGAGAAAUAGUGCCGAGGCGGCGGCCACGCGCCCGCCAACCGCCCAGCUCGAGAGCCCGCCCAGCAGCAGCGGGAGCAUCCAGAACGACCCCUCCAUGCACGCGCCCGCGUCGUGGGGCAGGAAGAGCAGGAGCAACCGCAGCUGGAUGCGCGCCAUCACCGGCCACGACGGGCAGCACACGCCCGUCGCCGCCGCCGACGACGACGACGACGACGAUGCGCCCAACGGCCUCUACAACAACGUGGGCGUGCCUCACCGCUCAGUCCAAGACAGCCCGCUCUCGCAUAAGACGUCCAUGCACGGCACACCGCGCCCCGCCACGCCCGACGAGUGGGACCUGACCUUUGAGCUCAACGAGGCUUCCAUGAUUGCUUCGACGCCCUACAUACCGCGAAGCACCGUGCUCGACGACAUUCGCCAGCGUGAGAUGGAGACGGCAACAGAGCAGGCCCAGGACACGACUCGGGGCAGCGAGCCCGACCACGCAUCCAGGCGCUCAUCCUUCACGCAGGCUGCCGAAAAUGCACACGCAGCCCCUCCAAAACUCGCUCCCGCCCUGCAAGAGUCGCCGCCGCCCCAGAACAAGCUGCGCUCGCGCAAACAGUCGUGGCAGUCGAUGAGCAAAUCACAGCCGGUCCUGGGCGUGACCAAGGAACGCAUGCCCGCUGCCAUGUACAAGAGCACGGAGAGCAUAGCUACAGUAGACCGCCAGGUCAUUGCUACCGUUGAAAAAAGCCAGCCAAAACGAGUUCCCCAUCGGCGGAAAGACUCGCAGGACCUGCUGCGUCGGCUCGCGAGAGCCUCCAACACACCGAGUCCAGCACGGCCACAGACGACGCCUCCUGGGCCGCUGGACGGUGCAUCGGAGACGGCAACUGUGCGUACGGCAUCCUCGCGACAAGAGGACGCACAGGAUGCGGGGGACAACGCAUCUGUACCUACCGCGGAUGCUGAGCCCAUGGCACCCGUUCCAGAGGCAUCAGAAGCACCCCACAAGCCUGAACAAGCACCAGAGCCACCAACAGAGACAGAGGCUGAGGCCAAGGGCGGUGAUGCAACGCCAAUGCCUGCACAGCGAAUACUGAACCCCAAGACUCCAGUGGUGACUGGCGCUUGGGUUGACACACCAGGCCCACGCACCGCCCAAAGGUCUUCAUCUAUCUCCACAGAGAGAGACCGUUCGCGUUCGCAGUCGCGGUCCUCCAGGAAAAGUAGUAUGAGCAAGGACAAAUCGCCUGAAAGACCCCCCGAGUCUGGCCAAGAAGCACCGGCAAAGGCGACGAUAGAGCCAAUUCGCCCUCAACUGCCCAGGUCUGCACUGCAAGCCCUCGUCGAAGAAGCAAAGGCUCACCGCAAGGAGUCGUCAACAGACUUUGGCGACUCUACCAUCAACUCGCUCGAAGAGCUCAUCACCCCAUUGACUGAAAUCGCAAUGGACGACACGCUUCAGGGUCUUCAAGUUCCAACGGAUGCUCCCCGCAACGAUGCAGAACGUCAGAGACAACAAGAGCUUGUCCAUCUGCACCGCAUGAAUGACCGCCUCCGUGCUGCGCGCACCAGCAUCCGUGACGCAAGCCGGGGCAUGAAGCGUGUCGAGGACCAGGUUGAGCAUGUUGAGGAAGGUGAGGCUGGCGAAAAAAUAAAGGUGACGACGCGAACAUGUCUAUGCACAAGUGAUCACGUGCACACGUUUUCCAUGUGGAGAUGGUGGAAGAGCCUGUUCUGGGAACAGCGACUAAAAACGUUGCGGCAGAAAUCCGACAGUCGAUGGAAGGUCUGGGGCGGACUAACAGGCCUAAGCAUCUUUCUCAUCUUCUUCUUGGCUUGGUUAGUAAGUGAAGAGAUUGCCUGUGAGAUGUACUGCCGGCCCCUGUAUGCCUACUCGUAUCCCUAUCCGUUCAGCGUGAAUCCAAAUGCGCCCAAGUAUCCCUAUGUCAUUCCUACCCUCAUCUACCGCACCCUGAUCCGCGACUGGUGGCUCCCCAUCUCGACCUUUUUCUCCUGGAUCGGCGCCACAAUAUGGACCUGUUUGUUUGGCCAAACAUAUGGUGUGAAUUACGCUGCUGGCUACAGCAUGCGAAGUGCGGGCGUUGGCGAGAGCCAUUGGGUUAGCGAAGAAGCUGCUAAGAUUAUGGAAGAAAGGACUUGGGACGCGAGCAUGUUCAAUGAUGAAAUUCUGCCUCGAGGGCGGUAAAGCUUGUUUUUGGACUGUUUUUUUUUUGGAACAUUGUUGCAUUGUUGCAUUUUUGCUGCAUUUGAUGAGCGCGGCGUUUCUUUUUCCCUCCCUCAUUUAGCGAUUCUGGAUUGGAGUUUUUUCGGAGACGGGCGUACUUAUCUUUUGCUUUGCUUUGCUCUGCGCGAGUUGCAUCACAACCACAAUCAUGUUAUGUAUGUAUUACUACGCCCCC